AUGGAGCUAGCACAUAGUUUACUUCUGAAUGAGGAAGCGUUGAAACGCAUAUCUGAGGCUAAGCGGCCGAUGUUUGUAUUUGAAUGGCUGCGAUUUUUGGACAAAGUUCUGGCAGCUUCUCAAAAGUCUGACAUUAAGGGCAGCCAAAAAAGGCUCGUGGAGCAACUGACAGCACAGAUCACAGAGUCACCAGGACCCCCAACCCGCAAACUUUUGGCUCGUUGUCUUGCUCUCAUCUUCAGUGUUGGAGACACAUUUGAUUUAUUUGAAACUAUCAACAAAUGCAGUGAUAUCAUUAAAAGCAAGGAUGACUCCCCCAGUUAUUUGCCAUCUAGAUUAGCUGCUGUAGCCUGCUUGGGGGCCAUGUAUGAGAAACUGGGAAGAAUGACAGGAAGGUCAUACGAGGACACAGUUCAGAUUCUCAUCAAAUCACUCAAGAACUCUGAGUCACAAGGACGGUUUGAGAUCAUGCAGACCCUGGAGAAGUUGGUGUUUGGCUUGGGCUCUGCAGGAUUCACUGCACACAAAGAUAUCUACAAAGCCUGCAGGCAGGCAAUGACUGAUAGGUCAAUGGCUGUAAGACAGGCGGCUGCAAAGUGUAUGCAUGAACUUGUCAAUGAGGCCCCAUUUAUGAGCACCACAGAGUUGGAGGCUGUAGCAUCUCUGUGUUUCCGAGCUCUUGAUGGAUCCAACUAUGAUGCUCGAUGUACCAUUGCCAAGCUGCUUGGUAACCUGAUGGCUGCUGCACAAGCACCAAAGCAGCCUAACGCAAAGGUCAAGCCUGCUCGAUUGGAGGAUGUCUUGAUGAUACUUGCUUCAGGAUUCAACAAGGGCACCCUGGGAGGAUUCUUGAAGACAUCCUCAGCAGGGGAGAUGAUAAAAGGUUCCAAUACAAUCAGCAGAGAGAUCAGAGUGGGCAUCACCCAUGCUUAUGUGGAAUUCAUUAAAUGCAUGGGAGGGCUGUGGCUGGAGAGGAACAUCUCUGUGUUCUUGUCUCAUGUUCUGGAGUUGGUGGCCAACACGCGACCUUCACCAUCGCAUGUGGAUGUGGUGUAUGCCCGCAAGUGUGUCCAGUUCAUCAUGCGCUCUGUCAUCGGUGGCAUGCUGGGAGAGAAGGCUCAGAUUGCUGCAGCCAAGGAGAUUUGCCAGAUCAUUGUGAAACAGAUGAAUACUGUCGGUGAAGCCACUGUGGAAGCGUCUGAAGGUAAAGGCCUGGGGUCAGACCUGUCAGUGAGUCAGCAUGUACUGGUGUGCGCUCUGCAUGAGCUGGGAUGUCUGGUACUGAGACUAGGUACAUCAGCCAGUCCACUGGUAGCAGAGCCUGCCACAGGUAUAGUGGAACCCGUGGUGUCUGUGCUCAUACAUCCUUGCCAUGCUGCCCGGUUGUCAGCAUCUUGGUGUUUGGCCAGUAUUGCGGUAGCCCUGCCAUCCCAGCUGACCCCUUUACUGGACCGUUGUGUGGAGAGAAUGGACAAGCUGCGCUCAUCCCCAGAAGCUGUAGCUGGCUACAGCAGUGCUCUAGCAGCUUUACUGGGGGGAGUCUAUCAGUGUCCACUGGGAAUUCCACAUUCAAAGGGAAAGCAAAUAUUCAGUAUAGCAGAGGAACUACUGAGGACAGCGUCACAGAACAGUCGGCUGUCUUUACAGAGAACUCAGUCCGGAUGGCUGCUACUAGGGGCCCUCAUGACUUUAG